GGAAGAAUGAGAUUAGUGGAAGAAUGAGAAGAGUAGUGGAAGAAUGAGAUGAGUAGUGGGAGAAUGAGAUGAGUAGUGAAAGAAUGAGAUGAGUAGUGGAAGAAUGAGAUGAGAAGUGGAGUAGAGAUGAGGAGGAGACUAAUGAAACCUUUACCCAGACAUGACAUGACAGCGACAUAAUCCAAACCUUUGGAUUACAUUGAGUAGACGUGAGAACAUGGUCAUAAUUAUCACUUGCAUCAGUGGUACUCUUGGGUGAAGCACACCACUGUAAGGCAUUGAUUCUUUUGCUGCAGCAAUGGUUUAUAAGUACAUGUUCCAGCUAUUUUAGUGUUAGGUGACAUUCUCUUGCUCCUCACCUCACAGAGGAGUAAGUAAUUCACUGUAGCUGUGAGACUCAACCAGGCUCCAGGCCCAGGUGCAGCUGCCACAGCUGUGGAAAGUCAGCCAUCAGUAUUUCCCUUCCUCUUCUUGCUGUGGCUCCUCUCCUUUUAUCACUUCACAGGCAAGCCUUCUUUCUUCCUUGUCUUACAAGAUCACUUUUACCUCUCCUUCACUUCCCUUUCCCUAUCAGGCUCAGCUGCUGCUAUCACCCUGGUCACUAUAACUACUGUAGGCAGACACACUUCAGAAGUGGAUCUUCAUGUGCCUGGCAAUGUCUGCCUUUGUCUUAAAGAGCUUUCCACAAACAUCACACUCGAACUCUCUAAGGCCAUAGUGCCUGAAGACGUGUCGAUUGAGUGCCUGCUUCACACUGAACCUCUUCCCACACUUUUCACACUCAUGACUUUUUACACCAGUGUGUGUAAAGGUGUGUGUAUCAAGGUGACUCUUCCGGAUGAACUUUUUCUCACAUUCUUUACAUUCAUAGUUCUUCACACCAUUGUGUGUUAGGGUGUGUUCAUCAAGGUGACUCUUCCGGACGAACUUUUUCCCACAUUCCUUACAUUCAUAGUUCUUCACACCAGUGUGUGUAAGAGUGUGUUCAUCAAGGUGACUCUUCCGGAUGAACUUUUUCUCACAUUCUUUGCAUUCAUAGUUCUUCGCACCAGUGUGUGUAAGGGUGUGUCUAUCAAGGUGACUCUUCUGGAUGAACUUUUUCCCACAUUCCUUACAUUCAUAGUUCUUCACACCAGUGUGUGUAAGGGUGUGUCUAUCAAGGUGACUCUUCCGGCUGAGUUGUUUCCCACAUUCCUUACAUUCAUAGUUCUUCACACCAGUGUGUGUAAGGGUGUGUGUAUCAAGGGUACACUUCUGGAUGAAUUUUUUCCCACAUUCCUUACAUUCAUAGUUCUUUACACCAGUGUGUGUAUGGGUGUGAUAUCUGAGGCCUCCCCUUGAGGGGAAUUCUUUUCCACACUCCAGACACACAAACUUCCUCUCUCCUUUGUUGCUGGAGUUGCCAGCAGCAAGUUGCUUCAUCUGCUGACCACUGACCCUCCUGCCCCCUGCAGCAGUCUGCUCCUGCUUGUCCGGGGUACUCAUGCCUCUUCUUGUUCUGGGGUGUUCUAGGGGGCUGUUAGGCAGUGGACUUUCUUCUUGUUCUGGGGUGUUCUAGGGGGAUGUUAGGCAGUGGACUUUCUUCUUGUUCUGGGGUGUUCUACUGGGCUGUUAGGCAGUGGACUUUCUUCUUGUUCUGGGGUGUUCUAGAGGGCUGUUAGGCAGUGGACUUUCUUCUUGUUCUGGGGUGUUCUAGAGGGCUGUUAGGCAGUGGACUUUCUUCUUCUUCUGGGGUGUUCUAGGGGGCUGUUAGGCAGUGUUGUUGUUAUGGGCCGCGGCCACUAGUCGCUCACAUGAGCCCUGGUGUCGUCCUGUGAGGGCCUCACAGGCUGCCACGUCUUCCUGAGGAAGGCGCAGGUGGGGCGGGUGGCUGCUGUUUCCUGCUGUGAGGGGUGGACGCCUGCCGCCGCCAGGUCCAAGGUGGCCGCCACGUCCAGGGAGGGAGGGAGUUGGUGUCGUGGCUGGGAGUGGAGGCGGGGCAGUGCAGCAGCAGCAGCAGCAGCAGGAGGUGCCCAUUGGUCUCCUUGACGGUCCUGCAGCAGCAGCAGCAGCAGCAGCAGGAGGUGCUCAAUGGUCUCCUCAACAGUCCUGCAGCAGCAGCAGCAGCAGGGGGUGCUCAAUGGUCUCCUUGACGGUCCUGCAGCAGCAGCAGCAGGGGGUGCUCAAUGGUCUCCUUGACAGUCCUGCAGCAGCAGCAGCAGGAGGUGUUCAAUGGUCUCCUUGACGGUCCUGCAGCAGCAGCAGCAGCAGGGGGUGCUCAAUGGUCUCCUUGACGGUCCUGCAGCAGCAGCAGCAGGAGGUGCUCAAUGGUCUCCUUGACGGUCCUGCAGCAGCAGCAGCAGGAGGUGUUCAAUGGUCUCCUUGACGGUCCUGCAGCAGCAGCAGCAGCAGGGGGUGUUCAAUGGUCUCCUUGACGGUCCUGCAGCAGCAGCAGCAGCAGGGGGUGCUCAAUGGUCUCCUCAACGGUCCUGCAGCAGCAGCAGCAGGAGGAGGUGCUCAAUGGUCUCCUCAACGGUCCUGCAGCAGCAGCAGCAGCAGGAGGUGCUCAAUGGUCUCCUCAACGGUCCUGCAGCAGCAGCAGCAGCAGGAGGUGCUCAAUGGUCUCCUCAACGGUCCUGCAGCAGCAGCAGCAGCAGGAGGUGCUCAAUGGUCUCCUCAACGGUCCUGCAGCAGCAGCAGGAGGUGCUCAAUGGUCUCCUCAACGGUCCUGCAGCAGCAGCAGGAGGUGCUCAAUGGUCUCCUCAACGGUCCUGCAGCAGCAGCAGCAGCAGGAGGUGCUCAAUGGCCUCCUCAACGGUCCUGCAGCAGCAGCAGCAGCAGGAGGUGCUCAAUGGUCUCCUCAACGGUCCUGCAGCAGCAGCAGGAGGUGCUCAAUGGUCUCCUCAACGGUCCUGCAGCAGCAGCAGGAGGUGCUCAAUGGUCUCCUCAACGGUCCUGCAGCAGCAGCAGCAGCAGGAGGUGCUCAAUGGUCUCCUCAACGGUCCUGCAGCAGCAGCAGGAGGUGCUCAAUGGCCUCCUCAACGGUCCUGCAGCAGCAGCAGCAGGAGGUGCUCAAUGGUCUCCUCAAUGGUCCUGCAGCAGCAGCAGCAACAGGAGGUGCUCAAUGGUCUCUUCAACGGUCCUGCAGCAGCAGCAGGAGGUGCUCAAUGGUCUCCUCGAUGGUCCUGCAGCAGCAGCAGGGGCAGUGAGGAUCGGGGUGGGGAGUCUCCUUGGUCGGGGACCUGCCAGGCCUGUUCUCUUGCUCUUGCUGUACAGGUGA